AUGGAUAGAGAAAUCUUUAUACUUAAAGAGAAGUUACUGGUAGAUGUUGUUAUAAAACCCAAUAGAAACAUUAAUGAUAUAAUAAAGAUACUUCUUAAAGAUUCAGCCAUUGUUGUUUUUGACACUAUUGGUAACUUUAAUAAAGAUCUAUUACCCAAAGAUAUAGUAUUACUCAAAUAUUUCUGGAUUAAAUCAAUCAAUCAUCUCUAUAAAACACUAAGAUCUCUCAAAGAAAAAAGAAAAUUCAUUCUCAUAAUUGAUUCAAUAACCUUUGUUUGUGAUUUUGAUUAUAAAAUGAUUAAAAGUACUUUAAAUGAACUUUGGAAAACAAUAUACCAAAAUAAAUGCACAAUCAUAUGUAUUAAUCACUUCAGAUAUGGAAGUGAAAAUGAUACGCUUAAACUUAUACCAAGAAUGGGUUACGUAUACAAUAACUUUAUUUCCUAUAGAAUUAUUAUUAACGAUCAAUCUUAUGUGUGUGUUCAAAACAAAAGAUUUAUUUUAAAUAAAAAUUUUAAUUAA